AUGACAGGAGAAAAUAUAACAGACUCACCCCCCAAGUUCACCAACACUUUCGCCAACGAACAGCCCGCCAGUCCGGAACGGGAACGAACGGGAUCGCGAGACUACUCUCAUACUGACGAAUGGGACGCAGCCAAAACACCCCCCUCGCGCUUCCAAAAGCGCAAAGGCAGCAUCUACGCCACGCCCUCGUCCCGCGACGGCCACGUAGACCGUAACCGUGAGGCGGUCGAGGGCUUCCACAAGGCGCACUCGCAGCGCUGGUCCAUAAGCAGUUCCGGAUCGAGCCGUCGCGGCAGCCUGCCCGGAAAUCUGCCCGGGAACAUGUCCGGAAACCUGUCCGGAAACAACAACAGCAACGACAACACUACCACUACCACGACUGCCGCGUCUCCGAGCGAACAGCGUCGCAAAGCCAGCCAGUAG